UCCCUCGCCUCUCGCCAUCCGCCCUCCCGCCGCCGCCGCUCCCCCCCGCGCCCCCGGCCGCGGCCCCGGGCCCCUCUUCCGGCUUCCGGUGCCGGCGCUAUAAGAGCCGCUUCCGCCUCGGGAUCGUGCUGCCGGUGCCGCCAUGAACGCCCGCGGGCUGAGCACGGAGAAGGCCGUCGCCUUCACGCGGCGGCUGCGGGCCGAGCCGCAGUUCCUGCUGGCCCAGAACGUGGCCACAUGCAACGACCCGCUGGAGGUGUGCCUGCAGCGGCAGGUGGUGCAGGACACGGUGCAGGUGUUCCAGCACGCCGUGCCCGCCGAGGGCAAGCCCGUCACCAACCAGAAGAACUCCGGGAGAUGCUGGAUCUUUUCCUGCCUCAACGCAAUGCGUCUUCCUUUCAUGAAGAAGUACAACAUUGAAGAGUUUGAGUUCAGCCAGUCCUAUCUCUUUUUCUGGGAUAAGGUUGAGCGUUGUUACUACUUUUUAAAUGCCUUUGUGGAAACAGCUCAGAACAAGGAGCCAGUGGAAGGGAGACUGGUGCAGUUCCUGCUCUCCAACCCCACAAAUGAUGGUGGACAGUGGGAUAUGCUGGUCAACAUUAUUGAGAAGUAUGGUGUUGUCCCCAAGAAAUACUUCCCAGAGUCUCACACCACAGAGGCUACCAGAAGGAUGAACGAGAUCUUGAAUCAUAAGAUGAGAGAAUACUGUUUGAGGCUAAGAAAUAUGGUGGAAAGUGGAGGAAGCAAAGGAGAAAUUUGUGCUGCCAUGGACAUGAUGAUAGAAGAGGUAUUCAGAAUAGUGAGCACUUGCCUGGGCAGCCCUCCCGAGACUUUCUGCUGGGAGUUCCGGGAUAAGGAGAAGAACUACCACAAGUACGGCCCCAUGACCCCGGUGCAGUUCUACAACGAGCAUGUGAAGCCUUACUUCAACAUGGAGGACAAGAUUUGUCUAGUGAAUGAUCCUCGACCCCAGAAUCCCUACAACAGGCUCUACACAGUGGAGUACCUUGGCAACAUGGCUGGAGGGAGGAAAACUCUCUACAACAACCAGCCUGUGGAGGUCCUGAAGAAGUUGGCUGCAGCAUCUAUUAAGGAUGGCGAGGCUGUGUGGUUUGGCUGUGAUGUGGCAAAGCACUUCUAUGGCAAGCUGGGAAUCAAUGACCUGAAUAUAUUUAAUCAUGAGCUGGUGUUUGGUGUCUCCGUCAAGAACAUGAACAAAGCAGAACGAUUGAUCUUUGGGGAAUCCCUGAUGACCCAUGCCAUGGUCCUGACAGCUGUCACUGAGAAGGAUGGGCAAGAAGAUGCCUUUGAAAAAUGGAGAGUGGAAAACUCCUGGGGUGAAGACCGUGGCAAUAAAGGUUACCUGAUCAUGACCGAUGACUGGUUCUCCGAGUACGUCUACGAGGUGGUGGUGGACAAGAAGCACGUGCCCGAGGAGAUCCUGGCCGUGAUGCAGCAGGAGCCCAUCGUGCUGCCAGCCUGGGACCCCAUGGGGGCUUUGGCCAAGUGAAGCACGGAGCAUUUGCCUCCCCAUGGCCAUCAGAAGUAGCUGCAAUAGAGAAUUCCAGCAGUUGGAAGCCAUAGCCAAACGAUAACGAGACCGAGCCCUCGGCCUGGUCCCUGUUCCUGAAAUGUAAGUUAGGGAUCCUUGGGAAAUAGCGCUUCACUGGUGCCAGCUCUCAGACAGGCUGCUCCACAACUCAAAAGGGAAAAGGAAAACAAACCUCAGAAUGAAAGCAGAUGAUAAGUGCUGUCAAUGGCAGUUUGAUUUUACCUUAAAUUUUUAAUGCGAAUCAGCGUAGUAAUGUAGUAAAAUUAUCUUGACUGAUGCUUUCCCUAG